AAAACGAUGUACAACAAGUGCCUAUACACCAACUGGCAUUUCAGCAGCUUUUAUCUCUUAUUCUUUAAAUCACAUUUCAAUUGCUUUUAUCUUGUAUUUAAAUCAUAUUUCAAUUGUUUCCAUCUCUUAUUUUUAUCUCAUUUCAGCAGCUUCCUUGCACUCUUCCUUAAAUCACAUUUCAGCUGCUUUAAUCUCAUCUCUACAUUUCAAUUGAUGACAUCUCUUAUUUAUAUCACAUUUCAAUUGCUUUCAUCCCUUAUCAAAUCACACAUAAGCUUCUUUUGUCUAUCAUUCUUUAAAUCACAUUUCAAUUGCUUUAAUCUUGUAUUUAAAUUACAUUUUAACUGCUUUCAUCUCUUAUUUAAAUCACAUUUCAGCUGAUUUUUAUCUCUUAUUCUUUAAAUCACAUUUCAACUGCUGCCAUCUCUUAUUCAAAUCACAUUUCAACUGCUGCCAUCUCUUAUUCAAAUCACAUUUCAACUGCUGCCAUCUCUUAUUUAAAUCACAUUUCAAUUGCUUUCAUCUCGCUACAAGACCACAUGAGGAAUUUUACAAAGUUGGAGCUUUCCUGGAUGUAGCUGUGGGUUACCAUUUGUAUUUACAUUUGAAAAAGGCUAACUUUAACUAUACAGCACUUUUAAAGACAAAAUUUACAAAUUGCUUCAAAGAAGUACAUACCCAGCCCAAAAGCUAAGUCAUCUGGAGAAAGCCUACAAAAACAAAUGGGUUUUGAUUAUCAGGAGCAUGGUAUCCUAUUUUAAUUUACAUAUAAUUUUAUAAAUUGAUCUAUUAUUUCUCAGAAUUAAAUAGUUUGCUACUUAACCAUCACACAGAAAAUGGAUUUACAGCAGUUGAAUUAUGCACUACAGAUGCAUGGGUAGACUGGCCCUGUAUGGCCCUUGGUUCUGGGUGAUCCUUGAGAGCUGUGCUGGAGAGGUUAAACACUGUGUAAGGCAUAGCCCCUCCCUACUCAGCUAGUCUCUUGGUGUAACAGAAGCCUUGUGUAUUUUCCAGUCUGCUCUCACCAUGGCUGCAUGGCUCUCCCAGAAUGUGAAACGAAGGAACAACAGCUGGCUGCUGCUGUGCCCUAAUGCCGUGGCCCGAGUCUGCUCCAGGGGGGAGGGAAGCUCGUCCUCUGUCCCGAGGGAACUCUCUGCAUUCCAGGAAAAGCCUCGAACAGUGAAAGACCUCCCACGCAUCACUUUCUUGGAGCUAUUGUACAGGGUCGUGUUUAAGGGUUUCAACAACCAUUUUCAUGAGCUACAGAUUUAUAACAAGCAACGAUACGGACCCAUGUUCAGAGACCCAACAAAGGCAAUAUGUGUGAACACUCCAAAGCUGCUGGAGGAAGUAUUGAGGAAUGAUGAGAAGUUUCCUUCCCGAGGAGACAUGUCUAUUUGGAAAGAGUAUCGGGAUAUGAAAGGAAUCGGCUAUGGGCCUUUCACAGAGGAAGGGGAGAAGUGGUACAACCUGAGGGUGAUGCUCAACAAGCACAUGCUGCUUCCAAAGGAGUCUGCACAGUAUGGUGGUGUUUUCAAUGAUGUGGUUACAGCCUUCAUCAAGAGGAUCUACUACCUGCGUCAGGGCAGCUUGACAGGAGAUUUGGUGACCAAUGUGGACAAUGAGAUGUAUCAUUUCGCACUAGAGGGUAUUGCCUCCAUAUUGUUUGAGCAAAGGCUUGGGUGUCUGGAAAAGGAAAUACCUGCAGGGACACAAGACUUCAUCAACUCUAUAGCCCAGAUGUUCUCCAACAACAUGGCUGUACAUCUGUUGCCCAAGUGGAGCCGCAAUCUCCUGCCCUUUUGGGGGCGCUACAUCGCAGGCUGGGAGGGCAUCUUCAGCUUUGCUAAAGAGUUGAUUGACAAGAAGAUGGAGGUCAUUCAUCAGCGUUUGGAGAACAACCAGGAUAUGGAGGGGGAAUACCUAACAUACCUACUUUCAAACACUCAGUUAAGCACUGAAGAUGUGUAUGGCAGCGUCACUGAGCUCCUAUUAGCUGGAAUGGACACGACCUCCAAUACCCUCACAUGGACGAUGUACCUGCUGUCCAAGAACCCUCAAUCCCAGGACAAACUUUACAAAGAAGUGUCCACAUCAGUGCCUGCAGACCGGAUCCCCUCUGCUGAGGAGGUCACUCGGAUGCCUUAUUUAAAGGCUAUUAUCAAAGAAGCACUGAGGAUGUACCCUGUGGUUCCUUUAAACGCAAGGAUCAUUAUGGAAAAGGAUGUCACGAUUGGUGGAUAUCAUUUUCCCAAAAAAACUUCUUUCAGUUUUUGUAACUAUGCCAUCAGUUAUGAUGAGGACACAUUCUCAGAGCCAUUCACAUUUAAGCCAGAGAGAUGGCUACGUGAUGGCCAUAAAAGGCCAAACCCCUUUGGUUCCCUCCCAUUUGGCUUCGGAGUGAGAGCCUGUGUAGGUCGCCGGAUUGCUGAGGUUGAGAUGUAUCUGAUUCUGUUUCGGAUAAUCAGGCACUUUGAAAUAAAACCAGACCCCACGAUGGGAGAGCUGAAAUGCAUCAACCGCACUGUUCUGGUACCAGACAAACCACUUAACCUACAUUUUGUGGACAGAGGAUGUAAAAAUGCAGCUUAAUUUGCUUUUGCAGAUUUAUUGGAAUGCAAAUGUCGCAAAUAAAUGAAAUACUUGUUACAUUAAGAAUGUUUCAUCUAUUAAAAGAGAGUGAGAGGUUUGGAACUUUUGAUACAACAAAUGCAAGUAAAUAUAAAUAACUAUAAAAUGCACAUUUUUAAGCUUACAUGUAUUUUCUUUUUUAAGAGUAGUACAUCACUUUUAAAAACAUGGACUUCACAAAGUUACUUCAGUAUUUUGACGCAACUAAGGAACCACUAAGCACUUCUGGAAUGUAAGCAGUGUCACAUAGCUACUUAACAAGUGGCCAUUGUUUACACUAUAGACUACAGCCUGCAGAAUACAUGGAAGUACAUCAUGUUUUUCUAAGAAUGAGACCAGACUCAAGAAAACAGAGUAAUAAUGUGGUUAGAUGGAUUUUCUGGGAACUGACUCUUAAGAAAAUUGUCUUUGUGGUUUAAAAGGUGGGUGAAGAGUCAUGGCCUGAGCUUCAGGUUUCAUAUUUGUAAUAAAGAGUAAAGAAAGAUCUUGUAAUCAGUAUGUUUGCUGUUUCCUGAUCUUGUACCUGGCUCACUUAAUUUAAAAUCAAAGUUGACACUGCAUUUCAUGAUUUAAUGAUUAUUCACAGCACUUUCACAAUGAAGGCAAGAAUCUGUUCAAUGUGUGUGUUAUGGAAAUUUGUAAUUCAUUCUUUAAGUAACUGCAAAUGAAUAACUCCAGCCUUAUUUCAGGUCAUUUCACAGCAAAUUUAAUAUACCAGAUGUCUAACCAUAUGGUUGCACCUUGCACAGCACAAUACAGUCUUGUAUAUUUUGUAUUCAUUACUAAAACCUACAUUACUGCAAUUCAAUAAAGACAUUGUGA